GAGGAGAGAGAGGAAGGGGGGAAAAAAGGGGGAAGGAGAAAAGGGAGGAAGAAGAGGAGGAAGAGGGGAAUGGGUUAUCCUGGAAGGCUGGGCCUGGGCUGCAUAUGGCAGCCACUGCUUUACCUUUCGGGCCCAGCUCCUUCCUUUGUAGGACUCCCCUGCAGCGGUGCCAGCCUGCGUCUCGGAACUGAGGGACUAGGAGCCGGUGUGAGUUUUGUUUUCUGUUCUCCUUCCAGCCUCAGUGAGAGUUUUUUCAUGGUGAAAGGCGCUGCUCUCUUUCUGCAGCAGGGAAGCAGCCCUCAAGGACCCCGGAGUCUCCAGCAGCCCCACAAGCACGCCGGUGACCUGCCCCAGCAUCUUCAAGUAAUGAUCAACCUUCUUCGCUGUGAGGAUAGAAUCAAACUGGCGGUGCGCCUGGAAAGCGCCUGGACGGACCGCGUCAGGUACAUGGUGGUGGUGUACAGCAGCGGGCGACAGGACACGGAAGAGAAUGUCCUUCUGGGAGUGGACUUUUCCAGCAAGGAGAGCACGAGCUGCACCAUAGGGAUGGUUCUUCGUCUGUGGAGUGAUACCAAGAUACACCUCGAUGGUGAUGGUGGGUUCAGUGUGAGCACAGCGGGAAGGAUGCACGUCUUCAAGCCGGUGUCUGUCCAGGCCAUGUGGUCGGCCCUCCAGAUCCUGCACAAGGCCUGCGAGGUGGCCCGCAGGUACAACUACUUCCCCGGAGGCAUGGCCCUGGUGUGGGCCACCUACUACGAGAGCUGCAUCGGCUCCGACCAGAGCUGCAUCAACGAGUGGAACGCCAUGCAGGACCUGGAGUCCACCAGGCCGGACUCCCCGGCCCUCUUUGUGGACAAGCCCACAGAAGGGGAAAGAACAGAGCGCCUCAUCAAAGCCAAGCUCCGAAGCAUCAUGAUGAGUCAGGACUUGGAAAACGUGACCUCCAAAGAAAUACGCAACGAAUUAGAAAAGCAGAUGAAUUGCAACCUGAAGGAGUUCAAGGAGUUCAUCGACAAUGAGAUGCUUCUCAUCCUGGGUCAGAUGGACAAGCCCUCCCUCAUCUUUGAUCACCUUUAUCUGGGAUCUGAGUGGAAUGCGUCCAACCUGGAGGAACUGCAGGGCUCAGGCGUUGACUACAUCUUGAACGUCACCAGAGAAAUAGAUAACUUCUUCCCCGGCCUCUUCGCCUACCACAACAUCAGGGUGUACGACGAGGAAACCACGGACCUCCUCGCCCAUUGGAACGAGGCGUAUCAUUUCAUAAACAAAGCCAAGAAGAACCAUUCCAAAUGCCUGGUGCACUGCAAGAUGGGCGUCAGCCGGUCCGCCUCCACGGUCAUUGCUUACGCCAUGAAGGAGUUUGGCUGGCCCCUGGAGAAGGCCUUCAACUACGUGAAGCAGAAGCGCAGCAUCGCCCGGCCCAACGCGGGCUUCAUGCGCCAGCUGUCCGAGUACGAAGGCAUCCUGGACGCCAGCAAGCAGCGCCACAACAAGUUGUGGAAGCAGCAGACCGAGAGCAGCCUCCCGCAGGGGCCCGACGAGGCCCCCGGCCCCGGAGCCUUCCCGAUGGAGGGCUUGGAGGCGGAUCUGGAGGCCCGGCUGGUGGCCCCGGACAGCCCCAAGCAGCCCGGGCUCCUGGACGACGCGGCCCCCGCGGGCCUGGCCUUCCCUUACUGCUUCCGCCAGCUCUCAGACCCCCUCCCCAACUCCUCAGGCCACGGGGGCGACUUCCUCCAGCUGGAGGACUUGGAGAGAGACGCUCUGCUCGGGGGGGAGGCAGCGCCCGAGCCCGCCAGACGCCCCCGGAAGGCGUCCGGCUCAUGUGACAAGGAGGUCAGGAAGAGGCUGGAGUUUGGAGCCCCCAGGCCUGUGAGUGGCGCCGGGGCCCAGGUGGAGGAGAUGGAGCGGGAUGAGAGCCCGGGGGCCGAGAGGCGGGCCCGGCCCCUGAGCCUGCCGCUGGACAACCGCCUCAGCCCCAAGGAGAACGUCAACAACAACAACAGCAAGAGGAGCUGCCCCGAGGAUUUCGAGCACGACGCCAUAUUUGGGAUCCUCAACAAGGUGAAGCCUUCCUACCAGUCCUGCGCCGACUGCAUGUACUCCGCUCCCAGGGCGGGGCCGGAGGCUUUCGGGGAGCGGUGCGAGAAGACGCUCGGCGCCCCCGCCAUCUGUACCCAGCCCCCCCUGCUGCCCCCUCCCACGCCCGCCCCCGGGGACCAGGCGUCCGGCAAGCCCCGGCUCCUGGAGAGACCGUGCUCGGACCCCGGGGCGAGCCCCCCCGGCCCGGCCGCGGACCCCCCGGAACCCCCCAGGGAGCCGCAGAAGGCCGCGGCCAAGCUGCCCGCCCUCCCGAAGAACUGUGACAAGAGCCCGCCCGGCCCGGAGGCGCCCAAGGAGGAGCCGGCCGCCCGGAAGGAGGCCCGGGCCGCCAAGGACCCGAGGCUGCUGCUCUUCGCCAAGGAGCUGGCCAAGCCCAGCGCCAGCAGCUACCUGAUGCAGCACCAGGAGUCCAUCAUCCAGCUGCAGAAGGCCGGCCUGGUCCGCAAGCACACCAAAGAGCUGGAGCGCCUGCAGGGCGUCCCCGCCGAGGCCGCCCGGCUGGAGGCCAGCAUCCCCGAGGAGAGCCCCGAGCUGCCGCCCCCCCGGGGCGGGCCCGGGCCCCCGGCCUCGCCCCCCGGCCCCCCGGCCUCGCCCCCCUGCCCCGGCGAGGCCGCCCUGCCCCUGGAGGGCGCCUCCCAGAAGGGCCCGGGGCCCGCCCUCCUCUGCCGCCCGGACCACACCAGCAGCUUCUCCAAGGACUUCCUCAAGACCAUCUGCUACACGCCCACCUCGUCCUCCAUGAGCUCCAACCUGACGCGGAGCUCGAGCAGCGACAGCAUCCACAGCGUGCGCGGGAAGCCGGGCCUGGUGAAGCAGCGGACCCAGGAGAUCGAGACGCGCCUGCGGCUGGCCGGCCUGACCGUCUCCUCCCCGCUGAAGCGCUCCCACUCGCUGGCCAAGCUGGGCAGCCUCAACUUCUCCUCGGAGGAUCUGUCCAGCGAGGCGGACAUGGCGACCCUCGUGGACGCCCAGGACGCCAAGGCCGGCCUCGCCCCCUCGCCGCGGGAGCCCCCCGGGAGCCCCCCGCGACCGCCGGGGAAGCCGGCCCUGGGCGGCCUGUGGGCGGGCCGGAGCUGACCCAGACUUCCCCUGCCCCCCCAACACACGCGCUCCCCACCUGUGGCGGUCGGCUCCUGACGGCUCGGUCAUCGUGGGAAACCGAACAGCUCUCGGCCCCCUCCUGGGCCAGGCCCGAGCAGAGGGGCCCGGGGGCUGGAGAAUCAGCGGCGCAACGUAGCACAAGGACACAGUGGGCGGCGCCGGCCUGGGAGAGCCAGGAAUUCCCUCCAGGUCACGGCGGAACCCCCGGCCGCCCGCUCCCAGAGCAACGUGCCUGAGACGCGGCUCCUUCUCGGCGCCCUCGGGGCCCCGGGCCGGCUGGGACCAAGCGGUCGUGGCGACCCCGUCAGAGCGGCCCCGGGGGCCCGGCCCGGCGGGCGACAUAAUUCUACCUCUGUUCCGGCGGGCUUUGUUCUUCGGUUUCGUAUUUUGUUUUGGAUGCUUGGUCUUGUCUAAAAAACAAAGAGAAACAGAAUUCCGGGGACCCCGAGGGAGACCUCCUGAGAGGGACCGUGUCCGAGGGGCUUUCCGAGCAAACAGCCCAGGGGGUGGUCUCUGGGACCCCGAUCACCUUGGAGGCAGAACUGCUGUCUGACGACGUCCCGGAUGGAAGUGGAGGGGCCGGGCUCCCCGGCCACCGCCCAGGCCGGUUGUGCAGGAUUCGACCCCAUCGUUUGACCGUGCGGAGGGACGGCUGCCGUAGUCUGCCCGGCCUCUGACCCCAUCACGGAGCGGGCGUCUGGGUUGGAGGCUGUGUUUUUGUGGGCGGACGGGCAGGGGAUUGGGUGCCAUAGUCUUAACGCCGUCAACACUGGCUGCCCAGGCCUGAGCUCCAUCCCCGAGGGCUUGGAGGGGAAGGUCUCCACCGUCCGGUCCCUCCCGAGUUCUUUUCUUAUUCUGGCCACAAUAUCUUGGAGUCCCAUAUUUUGAAAACUACUCUGGACCAGGCGAGUCCUGCGCUUUCUCUGCCGCGGUUCCUUCGUGGAGACCUCAAGGAAACAGUUCCCUCAGGAAAAGGGCCGGCCCUCGCCCCUGUGCCCGUGUCACCCUCCAUGAGGGUUCCCAUCCUUCCUAAUGGAUCUGCAAGGGGAGUAAGGGGGCAGGAAAGGGAUCAAGCAUUUAUCUGGCAGGCCCUGGACCAAGCGCUCUACAGAGAGUGUGUCCUUGGGGACACCCAGAAUCCCCUUCUGCCUGCCUCGGGCCAUUUCUUUAGGGACAGCUCAGGGUCAGCCGCUCACACUGAUUUCCUAUAUCAGGAGGAGAUGAAAGUAACUGAGGGGGUGGAGGAGGGGGGAAGGCUCAUUUGUUUUUUGUUUUUUUUAAGUGAGCCUCCUCCCCGGGCAUCUGGGAACACAUUUCUCUGAGACAAAUGAACAGGUCCUGAAGCACGAUGUUUACACAUGUUCCAUAGCAACCACAGAGAGAAUGGGAGGGCAAUUGGGGAUCUCCGGGUUCCUUCCAGCCCCAAAUCUGCAUUCUGGGCUCCCAAGCUCCUUGGGGUGAAGGUCACAGGGAGUGGAUUUAAAUCUCAGACCAAAUGGCUCACUUCAGGUGGCGUAGGGCACUUGGGGGAUUAGAAGCCAGCUUCCCAAACCCUUUAAGUCUCCAUCCCCCUGUAACGGGGUCCAGUAUUCCAGGACUCCAACAUCCCCUGUUCUAAGCUCCCUCCCACCCUGACAUCCCCUAUUCCAAGGUCCCUCCCAGCCCUGACAAUGCUGUUCUGGCUCCAACUUCUUGUGUUCUGUGUUUCUAAUUUCUCCCCCCUUCAUUCUAGCCUCCUUCUCUCUCUCUCCCUCUCUCCCUGCCUUCCUCCUUCACAGAAGUUCUUCCCGCUGCCAACUAUGCAAGUUCAAAUCUUCAAAAGAGCUGCCUUGACAUUGAGAGGGGAAGUGACUGGCCCAUGAUCACAGAGCUAGUAGGUGUCGGGGCAAUACUUGAACCCAUCUCUUCCUGACUCCAGUUAUGGAUUUCCAUAAUUCCUUUCCUUCCUCCCUCCCUCUCUCUCUCUCUCUCCCUCUUUCUCUAUUUCUCUCUCUCCCUCUUUCUCUUUCUCUCUAUUUCUCUCUCUGUCUCUCAGAGAAAGAAUCAUUUUUGAUACGCAGGGAUCUGGCUCAGGAUGGGCCCGGUUGGGGGUGGGCACAGAUUAAAAAUAAGUGACUUCAGGCCCAAGGUCCCAGGGCUUAUGGACAGCGCAGGGGAGCUCUUAAACAGCCACGUCUCAUUAGGAAAGCAAACCUGAGGCAGGGGGCAGCCAGGGAUGCUCAGAAGCACCUUAUUGAGAGGCCUUGGGGGAGAGCUUCCCCAGAAGGUCACACGUAGCAUGGAAACUGCCCCCCAUCCUCCCCUUUAGAAAACCUCCCCAGAGAAAGCCAGCCGGGCCCUUUGCCUGCUCCCCUCGCGGGGCCUCCCCCUGCGCAGACUCCUCACCCAUCAUCCUGUCUUCGGGAAGCACAGGCUGGUGAAGGGAGCGCCUGCCCCGGAGCGUUUCCAUAAGGGCAUUUUUGCCCUGGCCCCGGACUCUGGAAGCUUCCAUGAAAUGAAGGAGCCGGAGGGCCGGGAGCUGGGAGGAGCGGGCUGUAGCAGCCGGUAGCCCAGUGGCCGUGGCCGUUCCCCGCUUCUCAUCCCGGCCUGGCAGUGAGGGGGACAAAAGAAGCCAGUUUUCUUCAAUACGGUUAGCAAAGAAGCUUUAAAAAUGAGUUCCCAGCCACAGUUAAGCGUCCCUGAACAGGGUGAUCUCAGGAGAGUGGAAACACUGGAUUUUGGAGCUGGAGGACCCCAGGGUCAGUCUGUUUUACUCUUCACUCCUUGUAUGACCUUGAACAAGACAAAUGUACCUUUUUUAAAUGUUAAGUCUCUUUGUAGCCUCUACGUUUUACUCCUCUGCUCAUUCCAAAACACCAUGAUUCUGACUUUCUGUUUCUGUUACUCUAUUUUUUUUUAACCCAGUCAUAUCCUAUUUGGGGUUUUCUUGGCAAAGAUACAGUAAUUUGCCAUUUCCUUCUGUGGCAUUUUACAAAUGAGGAAACAGAGGCAGACAGGGUAAAGCGACUUGGCCGGGGUCACCCAGCUGAUGUCAGGCCAGAUUUGAGCUCAGAUUUUCCUGAUUCUGGCUCUAUCCACUAACCGCCCAGUUUUCUUUUUCCAUUCUAUUCCUGUUGUUAUUAUUUUUACUUCUAUUAUCGUCCUGUUUCAAAAAGGCACAAAGUCUAAAAGAGAGUGUCUGAUGUAGACAGAAAGCAUCGUGGGCUGGGAUUAGCCAUGGCAGGGACAGCUAAUUCUUCAACUUAGACUAGGACCUCUAAGACUUUCCCCUCUGUCAUCUUAUUUUUAAGACAUCCAUUCCCCUCUUCCUAAAUUUUCACUUUCCCCAUUGAAAUCCAUCUUCCCCCUUUAUGUUUGAUGAUUUUAUCGGUUCAAAGACUUCCACUCACUGGUAACUAUGCAAGUUCAAACCUUCGAAAGGGUUGUCUUGGGGCAGUAGUCAGGAGGACCUGAGUUCAAAUCCAGCUUCAGACACUUAGUUGUUACUAGCUGUGUGACCCUGGGAAGUCACUUAACCCUAUUUACUUCAAAAAAAAAAAAAAAAGUUGCCUUGACAUUGAGAGGGGAAGUGACUGACCCAUGAUCGCAGAGCUGGUGGGUAUCAGUAGCAACACUUGAACCCAAGUCUUCCUGAUUCCAAUUAUGGAUUUCCAUUCACUGUAGCACAUGGAUGUUUUUUUCCUCCAUCAGCCCCCCCCCAAAAAAAAAAAAAAACUAACCUGUUCUCAGAGAAUUAUCACCUUUUUACCCAAUUCUCAUGGAAAAAAUGGUUUUCAGGUUAAAAGUCUUUAUAAAAAGGGGAUGAUGGGAAACUCAUUUUCCAUUCAUCGCUCUGGCAAUGAGAGAGUUCUUUUCUAAAAGGAUUUAUCGGGAGAGCCGUGCAGCCCUCUCUUCUGCCAUCAGAGGGGGAAAGUUAUGGGCUGGGGGUGAGGGAUCUUACUGUGGCAGACAUCGCUGCCCCUUCUGAGACAGCCUCAAGGAGACUGGUCUCCGCACUGGCCAGUCUGGCACCUGGGUUGGAGAUGCUCCCAGGGUCCUGCCGCUGACGCUAGAAUCUCCCAGUUGGAGCACAGAGGGGGGCCUGAAAGCUUCUCAUCUUCCAGAGGAAGGAGGGGCCUGUUUAGCAUUCAUGGGCCGGAGAUUAGCCAUUCUCCUGGCCAGAUAGCAUCCCUAAGGCCUCCUAUGGACAGAACUGUGUCCAAAAAAAAUGGAGUGGGCUGGAAAUAUGGUGAGUGCAGCUUCUUCUCUUGGGCUGCCUCCCUCUUCUCUCAGGGUUACCCACAAACCAUUGUUCCAAUUGCAUGACAGCCUUUAAUAAAAGUUGAGAAUGCCGGGGGCAGCUAGGUGGCGCAGUGGAUAGAGCGCCGGCCCUGAAGUCAGGAGCACCUGAGUUCAAAUCUGACCUCAGGCAUUUAAUACUUACUAGCUGUGUGACCCUGGGCAAGUCACUUAGCUCCCAUUGCUUUGUGGGGGGAAAAACUUGAGAAUGUUGGUUUUUGUUGUCAGAGGACCUCGCUCAAAUCCUGCUCUAAAUCACUUCCCUGAGCAUCAGUUCAUCGGUAGAAUGAGGGUGUAGCCCUGGAAGAUCUUGUGUGUUCCCAUCCAGACCUAACUCUGUGAUCCUCUGCAUAUUGUAAAUGUUUUAGGGCUUCCUUUCCCUGGCUCCUGGGGAUGAGGAGGAACCCACACUGGAGACUGGGGACCAACUUUGUCUUCCUUUGGCAGAUGUAGGCUUUCCUUUUGCCACUCCUUCCAAGGCCACUCGAUUGCCUCAGUUUCCCCGGUUUGUUUUGUUUUCCUCCCCGCUGCUGCCCCUGACUCUCGGCCCAGACAUGGGAAAGAGCGCAGCGUCGGUGGUAAUGAUGGGGAAGGAGCUCCGGGGAUGCUUCCCAGCUCCACAAGCGCACAAGUCACCAGUGGAAUCACAGUCCAAUACUCAGACUUUGACUGCUUCCUCCACUGUCCCCGCACCCCCCAGUUCUCACUCUUGACCUCAGGCCGCUCGAUUUUUCCCGCAAACAAGGCAAUAGGCUAUGUCCCCAUCUCCCUCCAGACUCGCACCUCCUGGCGGGACGACUUUGUCUGCUCUUAACAGGCCACGGCCCAGAUGGCUCUGGUUUUUCUAGGGUGAGUGUGACGUAUGUUUGUUGUAACCCACCCCACGCCUAUCGGGGACCGUGCCCCUGGACAUCCUUUGGGGUAGAGAAUACAGCAGUGUCUCUGACUCCCUUUGGCCAGCCACGUGUUGAGGCCCCCCAGUCUGAGACACUGACCUCUCCCCAGAGAACGCCAGUCUGCGUCCUCGGGGGCCUCGGGCUGGAGCCGUGCCGUGUCCCCUUCACCCGCGGAUGCUUUGGCUGCUCACCGCAAGCCAAACGUUGCCGCCGGGUCCUGCUGUCUGGCUGCGCAUUUAGUUGUCUGUCUUUGUGGUGAAUAAGUGUGUGUGUGCGUUAGUGGGCGAGGGUUUAUCCUACAGCUGCGUGUAUAUACAUAUAUGUACCUAAAUAUAUAUAUAUGAAUAUAGAGACAAUUUGAACCUGAGUUUUUCCCCCCACAUGCAGAUCUCCCAGAUGCCAUCAGCCUGAAAGAUCUCCAGUAAUACCUGCUGUAACUCUGUCCUUGAUUUGGGGGAGGGUUUGAGCUUGGGGUUUUGGUGGGGUCUUCGGUCUGAAGAAGGGAUGUCCCUGACUGACGAGUUCCUCCUCUCCUUCUCCUCCCCUGCUUGGGGCUUUCUUAGCCUGGCUGCAUGAGAAGAGUUGUCUUCCCUCCCUCCUUCCUUGUACUGUAAUUAGUUUUUUACAAUUGAGUGCCUUAAUGAUACUUUACAAAUACUGUGUAUUUAUGCUAAGUUGGUCCCACUCCGUUGAUCCCGUAGGGGACGGCUUUUUUGGUUUCCAGGGGCAGCCCACGGCGAUGACAUCAAACAUGUCGCGGCAUUUCUCCUCGUCCUGCGCUAAACUAGGGAUGUGCGGACACGAGAGCACGUCUCUUCGGGCUGGGGAUUCCCAAGUCCCCUCUCUGGCUCUCAGAAGAUUCAAAAUUCUAUCUCCAGAGAGACAGUGAGACUUAGCUCCUUUCUUCAGACCGGAUCCUUGGGAUCCUUGAAAGCCGUCACGGCCAACCUCCCGGUUUGGGCCGAGGCGUGAGGGGAGGUCUUGUUUCAGGCGACCACGACCCCCGAGGUCCCCGGUUCAGGGUCAGGGUCUGUAUACCUCUCUUCAGGGGCUUGGCCGAGAUCCCCCAUCGAUUCGUGCUCAGUCAAGGCUCGCACUUUAGCCUUUGGAGUCCAGUCUGGGGCUCUUAUUAUGGUGCCCAGAGGUCUUUGGAUAAGCGAAAGCCGACCUGCGCGGGACAUCAUAACUAAAACCUGGCACUUUGCCCAACCCUCUGUCCCCCGACGCAUCACAUAUAUCAUUUUAUUCUUCCUUUUUCCUAUUAUCUGAGCCAGCUUUUAUUUCCCUUUUUUUUGUCCAUUGGGAGUGUGUUAAUAAAAGACCGACCUAUCCACCACCAAUCCAUCACCUCCCAUUUCCCCCCAAGCCUAAGCUAGUGACCGUUUGACUUUUCCAAAGGGGUGAAUGAGUAACAAAAGCUGUCACCAAGCAUUGCUCUUAUUACGUAUCAAUAUUCAUCAAUUUCCUUCUGGUCUUUUUUUUUUACAUACAUAUUUAAGAGGCAGUAUCUUUUGUACUGUGAAUUUAUGGUAGAAGAUGAAUAAUGCACUUUUUUUUUGGUCCAUGUGUAUUGUAUAUAACGUGUGUGCUUCUCAUAAGGAAAAUAAACUUUUUUUUUCCCGUGCAAAA